CGGAACAUGAGCACUGAGAGCUGCAGCGAGAAAGUAUGAUCCACUCCAAAAAAUUCCUGCUUGGCUUAAUUAACAUUCUGUCAAAUGCACCUCCUUUGAAAUUUCAAGACCUACUGAUUGACUUGUUGGGAAGGGGCCUUUUAACAAAGGAUGACUACAGACAUUACAAUCAAUGUGAACCUGAGGACUUGUCACGGACCAUUUUGGUAUCUGCUCUGGGCAAAGACGAAAAUUACUGUCAAGCAUUUCUCUCCAUUCUUUGUGAUAACUUUCCAUGGAUUUGUGCAAAGCUUCAACAAGUUUCCAAUGGCAAGGAUCAAACAUUGUCAAGUGGACAAACUGGCAACAUGAGAAGCCAAAGCUACACCUCAGAGCAACCAGCAGUAAAAAGCCACAACUAUUUGACUUUGCUUCAUGAUGAGCAGAUGGCUCUGCCCGACACCUAUAUUCAGAAUGGAGAGGCAGCUUGUGAAACAGGUCUUGAUGAUAAUCACUCUGAACUGCAAAGGAUUUUGGAAGACUUGUUUGAGAUGAACAUGAAUUGUGAACAGUAUGAGGGUGGAAUCGAUGGCAUUGUGAAGUAUUUACAGGAUCCACGGCCUUUAAACACUAUAGCACUGGAACAAUAUUUUGGCCACAGCUCAAGCUUAACGGACGAUGAGGAGACCUGCCAAAAUUCAGUCACACCAUCCUUCAUCAAAUCAAAAAGCAGGAAGAGAGCUGCUGAUGAUGACAGAGGACACGAGAUUUUAUCUGGGGAUCAAGCUGCAACACCAAAGCAAUUCAGAAGAGAUGAAGAGAAUCUAGCUGCUUCUCCAGGACCUUGUCCAAAGACACUGGAUGCCCUUUCCCCUGUUACCUGCUCUUCAGGUAUCGACCAUCUGAAAGAACUCAAGAAUCAUGUCUCACACUUUGGAUCAAGCACGCAUUUCAUUCCAGUGUACAAAGAUGACUCGGCCACUAAGGGAACAGUUGUCCCUCCUCCUGCAGGUUUUCAGCUUCUGUCGUCAAGCACAGUUCUACAGCACAUCACCAACAUACCCAUUAAUGGAACCACCUGCUUUUUAGUUCUAAAUGGAAAUUCGCGAAUUCUUGAAUUAGCAACCCUGCUACAAACAACGCCUGAUCAUUCCCAGCGUGGUUCCAUGUAUGGCUGUACGCAGAACGUUUCAGUGAUAUCAGGGAAUACUUCGCCUGUUAUUUCCAAUGCUGCCUCUCCAGCCAGUUCUGUCGGCAGCCCUACCACCCCAGGGGCCUCCAGUCCCCAGUCUGCUGACUAUCACUGGUCGCAGGAGACCACGAUGGGAGGGCAACCUGCGGACGUUCCGAUGACCCCCCUGUCUGACAGCAGUGUGGGACCAGACCUUGAAACAGAAUCAUCUGGUGAAGAAUCAAAUGAACCUUUGAUUCCGACAGUCAAGCCAUCCAUAAUAACGAAAGGUGUGGAAGACUGUGUAAGAAUGGUGAAAGAAUAUCUGAAGGACAUGACCCAACACUCUUACAUUUGCCAUGAGCACGACGAGAUGCUUCUUGAAGACAUUUAUGUGGAUGUCUCAAUGGUGGAGGUUCAAGUUGAAACAAAGUCUGGAAGGAACUCCACGAAGUGCUUGGACAAGGAGUGCAGGAUCUAUGACAUUGCAGAACGAGAAAGAAGAGCUGUGAACAUGGGCAAUCUCUUUCACAUCUCAGGGAAAAGGCAGAAAGAAACGAAAGUAAUUGCGCUGUUGGGAAGAGCAGGGAUUGGUAAAAGCGUGAUUGUCCAAAGGAUCUGCCACGACUGGGUAAACGGGAGCUUCCGGCAGUUCUCAUUUGUUUUCUGGUUUAAGUGCAGGACACUCAACUUCACGAAGCAGUACACAUUGAAGGAUUUACUCUUCCAGCCAUUCCUUCCUUGGCUGAAGAACACAGAUGAAGUCUUUCAGUACCUGUGUCAAAACCCACGCAAGGUUCUGCUUGUUUUUGAUGACUUUGAAGGUUUCCAGGAUCACGACGGCCUACAGCAGCCUACAGCCUGCAGCUCAGCAGAGAAGCCGUGCAGCGUCAAGCAGCUGCUGGCGGGCAUUCUGCAGAAGAAACUGCUCAAGGGGUGCACAGUGCUCAUUACGGCGAGGCCCAAAGAGACCUUUAACCAAUACCUCGGCAAGGCGGACAAGAUUGUUGAAGUGCUGGGUUUCAGCCCAGCUCACGUGCGGGAGUUCCUGCACAGGUACUUCGAAGACCCCCUUGUAGUUGACGAAGUGGUUUCGUGUCUUCAGGAGCAGCCGUACAUGCUUAGCUUAUGCCAUGUUCCUUUAUUAUGCAGGUUUAUCUGUUUUGUUCUCAAGGGCCAGUACCAGCACGGAGAGGCUCGCUUAGCACUGCCGCCAACCCUCACCGAUUUAUUCCUGAACAUUCUUCAGAUCCUCCUGUGCUCUGGAGCUCCCACCUUUCCGCAGAACCAAAACAUAAUUGGCGCACAGAUGCACAGCCUGCUGGAGGUGAGCAAGCGCGCCUUCGCGGGAGUGCAGUGCCACGAAUGUGUGUGCACAGAGUCGACCAGGUCCACAGAAAUGUCAAACUUCGCUCUGAAGCACGGACUUCUAAGGCCUUUCUUAAGGACUGGUGAAGUUAAAGAGUGGGAGUGUGGGAAAACCUUUUCCCAUUCUUCCCUGCAGAACUUUCUGGGAGCACUGCACUUACUGUUUUCAGAAGAAAUCAAAUGUAAAAGCCUUACUAAGAUUAUUCUGCUACAGCACAAGAAGAGGAAAUCACAGGCGGACUGGUUGGACAUUGUCCGAAGGUUUCUGACAGGACUAGCAUCCAGGGAAGGAAAUGCCUUUCUGAACUGUCUCUCUGGUUGUUCAAAGGCAAACAUAAAGAGCAAAAAACAAAAGUGUCUGUGGAAAUACUUCUCUGAACUCGAGGUGAGCUCACUCAGUGCCAGUAAACUGCUGGAGCUCUGUCACUGCGUUUACGAAGCACAGAGUGUGGAACUCACCGCACAGGUGGCGGCUAAACUCAGUGAAAAGUUGUCCUUCAGGGGUACACGACUGACCCCAUCUGACAUAUUGGUAUUGCUGUACGUCAUGCAGAGAGCCCCGAGUAACUUCGCCGUUGACUUAAGGGAUACGAGCAUCGACCUACAAGGGAUCAAGCAGUUCGUGGAGUCGAAGAAUGUGACCUCCUUUAGGGUGUCGAUAUGCGACGCGGUAAAACUCUGGGAGCAUUUGGAAGAAACGGAAUUACACGAGCUGCUUCAUCUGUCCCUUGUCAAGUUCUCUGUCAAUCCUUUUGAGGUUAAGAGUUUGAAAGAUAUUGACGACCUUGAUUUACUGGUGCAGAUUCACAAGGAAAGAAGAUUCCUGUCAAGUGCCCUGAGAACAUCCAGAGAUGAACUCCAAGGAUUACCUGCAGUGAGGAGCCUACAAGUGCUGGAAUUUGCCCUCGGCCCUGUAAAUGGACCUCAGGGAUUUCGGAAACUAACGAAGAUUCUACCGUCACUGGUAUUCCUGAAAUAUUUAGACCUCGAAGGACCAAGUUUACAGAAAGUUAAAAUGAGUGAAAAUAAAAUCGGAGACGAAGGAGCUGAAAGAUUGUCAGAGGUGCUGUCUCACUUAACGUGUCUGGAAAAAUUGAUAUUGUCACGCAACCAGAUAGCAGACCGAGGCGCACAGAAGUUGGCAAGAUCUCUUCCCAACCUAAAAUUCUUGAGGACUCUCAGUUUGUAUGACAAUAGCAUUGGUGACAAAGGUGCAGAAAAGCUAGCAGAAAUCCUCCCAGUAAUGAAAUCACUGAAAGUUCUGGAUGUUAAAUUCAACAAAAUUACAGAUGUAGGAGCCCAGAGGCUUACGCAGAGUUUAAAGCAUUGUCCCCAUAUUCAGAAAAUAUGGAUAUGGAGUCCUACAAUUACACAUUGGAUGUCAGAACACAUUCAACAGAUUGAUGUCAGAAUUAAUUUACAGUAGGAAAACCUUUCUCAAAAUUUCAGAAGAAACACAGCUGAGAACUGGGACUUUUCAGAGGAAAGCUCAAUUCUUUGCACUGAAGCUUUGUAGAUUGCACUGUGGGACCAAUGCCUUUGUCUUUACUACCCUUUUGAUCACUUUCAUCACUUUGAAACAAUAAGACUAUCAACGAAGAUUGCCCCUUGUAUAGAAGUAAGAAAGUCAUGAAAAACUUCUUUGAUCAGAGAUGGACUAGAAUAUAGAACUUAUUACUGCGUGGGGAUGAACCAAGUUCAUUAGCAUUAAUGCAUUUGACAAGAUGCUGAGUGAAUGUGUGAGGAUGAAAAGAAGGGAUGAUCAGACAGUUUAGGUCAGAUGGGCAAAGGCUUGGAUGGAGCAUAACCACCUGCCGAACCAGGUGGGUUAAAUGUUCUUUCACUAUACUGUACUUUUUAUCUUAAUUAAUAUUCUUAAUGUGGUAAUUGACUUUAUGUCAGGUUGAACUUUAUGGAAAAGAAUACAGUUGGGAGUGAAGCAAUGCUUCAGAUAUCCUACUGCUCCCAUGAUCCUAAUAUUAGCAAGAGUAGCACGAGGGAUUAUGUAGAGCAUAUUCUUUGCAGGCAGCUAAACCUGACACAAGUGGAAGACCAAAAUGAAUCAUUAAUUAAGCUUUGCACAACAUAAAGAAUUGCACUGGAUGACUUUAGUGAAAAUUGUUUGCUGCUGCUGAACUCUGUAUUGAAAGAACCAUGUUAAUAAAAAUUCUUACGCUAAAAUACAGAGUUGGCAACUGACUUGCUUAACCUCUUGUGGUACAGUACUGCCGAUGGAGGGCAAUUAAGUCAAAAUUAAAAAUUAUCCUGGAGUGGUGAGGAGCUUCUCAGAUUAGUUGGUAUGUCAAAAUAAGACACAUUUUACUAUGGUAUUAUUUCCAGUUAUGUAACAGAUUAUUUCUUAUAUUCUGGUUACCAAAUCAAAGAUCACAAAGUUAGCAUAAUAGUGGAAGCCCUCCCUUAAAUUGUUGAACUGAGGGAAGUAACCACUGUUAAACGUCUAAACUAUAAGAGACACUUGCAAAAUGAUAGUUCCCUAUAAACAGGAUGGAGAAAAUGAUUACCCACCUUUCUAUUCUGCAUCAUUUUAAUUGCAAUAAAAAGCAGUAACAAAAUUAAGACACUUCUUACUUAACUAAUCAAUAUCUCAACACGUUUAAGAGUUUAAAUGUUGCAUGUCUUCUCUCAUAUAAAACUGCUCCUGGAAAGUAUAAAAUCACAGAACAUAUUUUAAUUCAUCAACUGUUGUACAGAAAUGAAUUGUUCUUUUUCAAUAUAUGAAAUGUUGCCUGUCUGUAAAAUGUCAAUGCAUUAGUUUGUACAAUGCAUUAGUGUAAAGCAGAAAUGUAAGGAUAUUUGUACAGAAUUAACGUUGUCAGGAGAGUAUACAAAGAAAGUUGAUGUUCUUAAGUUUUAAUUUAAAAAAGAAAAGCUUGUUUUCAGUUUUGCUGUUCAAAACAAAUUGCACAAAACCAUCAUUUUAACUUUAGCUGCU